AUGCUCAGGCGGACAAUCUUCAGCACCAGACUGGCGGCCCCGUGGAACGCUGCAGAGGUGACUUCUCGGUCGGUUAGAAGCCCUGCAUUGGGUUCCUACAGAGCCGUUCAUCAAUCGGCACGAUUGCCAGCGAUGACUUCCUCUGAGACUCGACGCAGACCGGCGCUGCGUCCUCGUCACCAGCCUGCUGCUCAUUCCCGGGUUAACGGGCCCUCGCCGGCUAGCAAGCGCACCAUCUUUAUCCAGACGGAGAACACACCUAACCCGGAUGCAUUGAAAUUCAUUCCCAACCACCCCAUUCUUCCCGAAGGUUUCCCCACUACAUUUAUCGAAUACCUCUCCCCUCGGUCGACGGUUGCGCCUCCUCACCCCUCCCCGCUGGCGGCGCAUUUGCUGAACGUUGAUGGUGUCUCGUCCGUCUUCUAUGGAAGCGACUUUAUCACAGUGACCAAGGCGAGCGAUGCGAACUGGGCACACAUCAAGCCGGAAGUAUUUAGCAUGAUCACACAAACCGUGACAUCCGGCGAUCCGAUCGUCAACACUAUAGAAAAGAGCGCUGCUGAACAAGGUCAAGAAGGCGGUGGCGAGGAGUCGCUGGCCUACAAUGAGGAUGAAGAAGAGGUUGUCAGCAUGAUUAAGGAGCUUUUGGAGACCCGAAUUCGACCUGCGAUCCAGGAAGACGGAGGUGAUAUUGAGCUCCGGGGAUUUGAGAAUGGCAUCGUCAUGCUGAAGUUGCGGGGUGCAUGCCGGACGUGCGACUCGAGCACAGUGACUUUGAAGAAUGGCAUUGAGUCGAUGCUUAUGCACUACAUCGAGGAGGUCCAGGGUGUUGAGCAGGUCAUGGAUCAGGAGGAAGAGAUUUCUAUGCAUGAAUUUGCGCGGUUUGAGGAGAAGCUGCGCCAGCAGAAGGGGGCGGAGGCGACUGCGGGUACAGUAGGCAAGGGUAGUUUGGACACGGUUGCUUGA